GUGCGGUCUAACCAAGAUGGACACGGCCGGCUGGACUCAAGAUAACAGCUUCGCCUACUAAAUGUUGACUUUAUUGAUUUACCCGCUGGAGACGCUCUGCCCGCCGCAGUGAAUGCAGCCGAACUGCGCCACUUCCAACCCAGAGGUCAACAAAAACUUAGAAUGAACAUUUUCCCACGGGAGUUUCGCUAAACUUUCUCUGUUUCCCACGACUGCCUCGCCAUGUCGGGAGUGGUCCGCACCCUGAGCCGCUGUCUGCUCCCGGCCGAGGCCAGGGAGCCGGGCGGCAGCAAGGACGGGAGCCCGCAGAGGGACGCGGCGCAGGAGCGGGAGGCGAGGCGCCGGAGCCGGGCGAUAGACGCCAUGCUCGCCCAGGAGAAGAGAGCCGUCCGGCGGCUGGUGAAGAUCCUCCUCCUCGGGGCCGGAGAGAGCGGAAAGUCCACAUUCCUGAAGCAGAUGCGCAUCAUUAACGGGCAGGAGUUUGACCAGAAAGCGCUCCUGGACUUCCGGGACACCAUCUAUGAAAACAUACUGAAGGGCGUGCGUGUGCUGGUGGACGCCCGGGACAAACUGGGCAUCAGCUGGCAGAGCUGCGAGAACGAGAAGCAGGGCAUGCUGGUGAUGUCGUGGGAGGGGCGCGUGGGCGCCUCUGGGGUGGAGCCAGGCGAGUUUCAGCUGUACGUGAUGGCACUGUGCGCGCUCUGGGCAGACGCCGGCAUACAGGAGGCCUACGCACGUCGCUCCGAGUACCAGCUGAGUGAAUCGGUCAAAUACUUCCUGGAUAACUUGGAUCGGAUUGGACAGCUGAACUACAUUCCAAGCAGGCAGGACAUUUUGUUUGCAAGAAAGGCGACUAAAGGGAUUGUCGAGCACGACUUUGUCAUCAAAAAGAUCCCUUUCAAGAUGGUGGACGUUGGAGGUCAGAGGUCGCAGAGGCAGAAGUGGUUUCAGUGUUUCGACGGGAUCACGUCGAUACUAUUCAUGGUGUCUUCAUCAGAGUACGACCAGGUUUUGAUGGAGGAUCGCAGGACAAACCGUCUGGUGGAGAGCAUGAACAUCUUCGAGACGAUUGUCAACAACAAGCUCUUCCUGAACGUCUCCAUCAUCCUCUUCCUCAACAAAACAGAUCUGCUGGUGGAGAAGAUCCGCACGGUGGACAUCCGCAAGAACUUCCCUGAGUUCAGAGGAGACCCGCGUAGGCUGGAGGACGUGCAGAUGUUCCUGGUGCAGUCGUUCCGGCGGAAGAGGAGAAACCGGGGGAAGCCGCUUUUCCACCACUUCACCACUGCCGUGGAUACAGAAAACAUCCGCUUCGUCUUCCACGCCGUCAAGGACACCAUCCUGCAGGAGAACCUCCAAGACAUCAUGCUUCAGUGAAGCUAGCGCCGCAGACGCUCUUCGACUGUGAACCCAGCUGUGGACCGAGGCCCGGCGGACUCAGGACUGUGAGUUUACAUCCACGUUGACCCACGCAGAGCGGCUUUAACUCUUUCAAACCUGUGGAGCUGUGAAAAGACUCUGGACUCGUCGACUCGUGGAGACCUUGACCUGUAGAGGAAAGCACCAGCUACGUGGCACUGAAAGUUUUUUUUUUUUUUAUGUAUAUAAGACUAAUGACAAGAAUGUCCCUAAAUCAGAUCCAACCUGGUGGAAUGUUCAAGCUGUGUGAAACGGAACGAGGAGGAAAGACAGAGGUUAGAAACAGUCCACGUGACGAGGGGAGGCUGAGGGCUCGAGCCCAAACCGGUCAUAUGCUUAUGUGAUAAGCGUUCCUGUCAGUGAACUUUGACAGAAGGAAGAGACGAAACCCUCUCAUGAUAAACAGCUGCAGAGAAACAAGUCCUCUUCUUCCUCUAAUCCUCCCCGUCCUCUCCGGGACAAUAGGCAGACUGUUGGUCUCCUCCCUCCGCAGCACAAACAGCAGACAGACAAAUUAGAGACUCAUCGUUGUUAAAAACAAACGCACCGAUCUCGGUUUCGCAUCAUUUACGGUUUGUCUGUGUCCUCCCGCGUCUUCUAUUCCCACCGGCUUCUCCCCGCAGACUUCGCCUGAGGCGUGCUUUAAGUGUUGGCGAGAGAUUUCUGCGCCGCGGUUUCACUGAUCCUGCACUUUUUGUAGACGCGAAGGAGGUGAGGGAAAACGGCGAG